UUGAUGACAAUACAACAAUUUAACUAUCACCAAAACCAAACGACCCCUUAAGUCGGUGUUCACUAGGGAUGGGAAACGGUGCGGUUACAGUUAACUGCACCGAAAUUUGAGAUUAACCAAAACCGCAAAAGUGUCCAUAUUCACCAACCGCGACCGCACAUAAGUCGGUUAUCGUUUAACCGCAAAAUGCGGUUAACGGUGCACCGCGGUUACUAGAGUUAACAGCCGAUUUAAACGCAUCUUUUGAUGUCGAGACUCAAGAGGCGACGAGCAGAGCAGAACUCAGCUUGCCACUGCGGAGUGCGGCCUGCGCUGCGCCACUAAGCGCCGAACUUGGUUGGUCAGAUCAGCUUGCUGGGCGAGGGCGACAGGGGACGGUGGUGGGCGGAGUUUUUGGUCAACGUCUCAACUCCCUCUCAAGGCUCUCGACGGCGGGUGAGUUGCGAUUAGCGAUUUAGGGUAGGGAUUGCGAAGCCAAAGUGGGGAACUAAGGAAGUGCCGAAGUGGGGGAAGGGGCUAGGUCGUCCUCGGAAAUGGAUUGGACAGUGGGCUAUUAGGUUGGGCUGGGGUGGGGUUUUUGUUAUGGGCUGGUCUGGAAAUGGAUUGGGUUGGGUAUUGCGGUUAAGCUAGUUUCGGUUAAACCGCAAACCACAAACCAGCCAAUAUCUCCAAACGCGACCGCAAAAGAGGUUGUUUUUGAAGUUUGUGGUUAACCACUAACCACGCAGUUUCGGUGCGGUUAGCGGUUUAACCUCAAAACCACAACCGUUUUCCCAACCCUAGCGUUCACUCACAAGAAUAGAUAAACUUCACUCUAAGUAUUGCUCUCAAUAUUUCUUGAUAAAUACAAUAGGUUGAAGGUGUUCCUCAUAUAAGUAGGGAUGGCAAAUUACCCACCCAUGGGUAAUUAUACCCAAACCCAAGUAGACCCAUUGAUAAUGGGUUGGGUAUGGGUGAAGUGCAUAUGGAUUUGGGGGUUUAUAGAUGGGUUUGGGUUUGGGGCUUCCAUAAUCUAAAUGGGUAUGGGUUGGAUAUGGAUAUCCAUUUACUUGAGGGUGUUUUAACUACACAUGCAAAAAUUGGACCUAUUUGCAAAACUUGAAAAGUUUAGGUACCAAAAUGUAAGACCAAAAAAAAUUAGGUACCAAAACAUAAUUUUCCAUCGAUAUUUUGAGGACUUUUAUGCAAAAAAAAAUUAAAUUUAGGUACUAAAUAUGCAUAUCUAUUAAGUUUGGGUACCAAACUGUAAUUUGUAUUUGGGCAUGGGUACAAACCCAACUCAACCCAAAGUAAAUGGGUAUGGGUACAAACCCAUCAAACUCUACCCAUAUCCAUCUAUUUGGAUUUCAUACCCAACCCAAUUGGGUUGGAUAGUAAGAAACCCAUGGGUAUGGGCAAAGUUGCCAUCCCUACAUAUAAGUAUCACCUCCAAAAUGAAUGACUAGUAUCUAUAAUAUAUACAAAUAUGUAUGAUCUAGAAUCCUCCAAGAAAAUAUGUACACGCACUAUGAAAAUAUCUAAAAGUCUCUACAAUCUUUCAGGGUAUUUUAGAAUGCUCCGCCAUGCACUUUCAUGAUGCUAAAAGGUUUGAGCCUCAUUAGGGCUUGACUCUUGACAAGUAGAGGGUAUCUAUGUUUGACGGCUCAUUAUGUUGAUGAUGAAUGGAAGUUGAGCUGAAGUCUGAUAUCAUGAAGAUGCAUGAAAGAAUGAAAGUUGAGCUGAAGUCUGCUUUGCAAAAGAAUUCUAGUCGUAUUUGUUUGACAAGUGAUAUGUGGACUUCAUUGACAAGUAGAGGGUAUCUAUGUUUGACGGCUCAUUAUGUUGAUGAUGAAUGGAAGUUGAAUAGCAAACUUUUGAGUUUUUGUCAUCUUCCUCCUCCACAUUCAGCUUAUAGAGUGAAAGCAACAGUUUAUCGUUUGCUUAGGGAGUGGGGUAUUGAUGGCAAGGUUUUCUGUAUCACAUUGGAUAAUGCUAGCAAUAUGACUACUAUGCAAAAUGAAUUGCGUGAUCAGUUGAAUGCACAAAAUGGAUUAUUAUGUGCUGGCAAGUUCUUCCAUAUACGUUGUUGUGGACAUAUACUUAAUCUUGUUGUCCAAGAUGGGUUGAAGGUGAUUAGAGAUGGUAUCAAAUCUGUUAGAGAAAGUGUCAAGUAUGUUGAGGGAUCUGAAGGAAGAAAGAUUAAGUUUAAGGAGUGUGUUGAACAAAGUGGGAUGAAACAGACAAAGUCGUUGUGGCUUGAUGUGCCAACAAGAUGGAAUUCAACUUACAAUAUGAUUGAUCGAGCAAUCUUUUAUCGUGAAGCUUUUGUCAACUUAGCAAGGAUGGAUAAUGAGUAUAAGGAUUGUCCAUCAAAUAAUGAUUGGGAGAAAAUGGUGGUGCUUGCAAAUUUUUUGAAACCAUUUGAUGAAAUCACGAAGUUAUUCUCGGGAACCAAGUACCCAACAAGUAACUUGUUUUUCGAGAAUGUUUGGAAGAUCCAUCUUGAGCUGAAAAAUCUUUGUAUAAGUUUUGAUGAUGAUAUGAGAGGUAUGGGAAACACAAUGGUGUCCAAGUUCUUGAAAUAUUGGAAAGACUACAACUUAGUGCUUGCUUUUGGUGUCAUUUUGGAUCCUCGUUACAAGCUUGCAUUUGUCAAAUUUUGCUAUGAAAAGUUGGGCGAAGAGUACACUUUAAAGCCGAAGGCUAUUAUGGAUGAUUUGGAGCUGCUCUUUAAGGAGUACAAAACUCAAUCGUCCACUUUACCUAGUCAAAGUGUGGUGCAUAUGGCUUCUCUGAGCGUUCCUUUGGAUAGCCACACUGCUGGUUUCUAUGCUUCCAAUAUCAAUCAGAACACAUCAACUAGAUCCGAGUUGGAGUUAUAUUUGGCGGAUCCUUUAAUUCCUGCUUAUGCAGACAUUGAUGGGGUUCCUACAUUGCUUCCUUUUGAAGUAUUGCAAUAUUGGAAUGAUCAUCAAUUUCGAUAUCCUCAACUCUCUCGGAUGUCAAAAGAUGUGCUUUCUAUUCCAAUUUCAUCAGUUGCUUCAGAGUCGUCUUUUAGUUUGGGAGGUAGAAUAUUAUCCAAAUGGAGGACUUCCAUUUUGUCUGAUACCCUUGAAGCUGUUGUGACAACUCGUAAUUGGAUGCAUGGAUAUAAAAUGGAUGAGGAUAAUGAAGAUGCAGAAUAUGUGGAGAAGAAGUGAAGCUUCUUGAUUGAUCGCCAAGUGAAUUGCCAUUUUAAUUUGUGAACCUAUUUUGUUGGUAUGUAAGAUGUGACAAUGUCAGUUAUAUAUUUGUAUCCUACUGUUUUUAUAUGGUUGAACUUAGUAAGCAAAUUAUUAUGUAUCUUCUUAUUAUUGGGGCUAGGGUAUGAGUUAUGACUUAUGUACUAUUGUGAAUCUUCGUAUUCUAGGUUAAUAUUUUGACAAUGUUAUGUGACCAGUUAUAUUAUGUGAGGAAGAAAAAAUGUUGUAAUUAUUAGGUACUGAUAUAUGAUUGGCUUAAUUAAGCCAAUCAUGUUUUUCAUAUGUAUGUGUUAUCUAUAUAUAUUAUCUACAUAUAAUAUUUAUGUACAAAAAUAUAUUAUGUAGUAUUAUUCGUGCCAAUCGGGCGGGUUCGGGUUAGUCGGGUUACGGGUCAAGCGGGUUGCGGGUCAAGCGGGUUGCGGGUCAAUCGGGUUCGGGUCAAGCGGGUUGCGGGUCAAGCGAGUUGCGGGUCAAGCGGGUUGCGGGUCAAGCGGGUUACGGGUCGGGCGGGUUGCCGGUCUUUGACUUUUAGUCUAAUCGGGUUGCGGGCGGGUCGCGGAUCGGGUUGGUUGGGCGGGUUACUCGGGUCGGGUCAUGUUUUGACACCUAUACUCUUGAGUGUAACACUAUCCUUCAACUAAUUAGGCGAUGUCCUCGUCAUGGACUCAUGAUAGAAUUUCUCAAUUAAGUCUUUAUGUCACCAUAAUGUGAGUUCGUUCUCCCAAUUUACUUCGUUUUUGGGGGUGAUCUUUCCACUCGUCAAGAUACUCCACAUGACUUUCCUCUCUCAAGGAUAGCAUGGUGAGCCACAAUCUCCACUACUUCAUGCUCAUGUGUCUUGUUGAUGAGUAUUGGUGUCUUAUCUGACUUGUUUCACUCUCCAUAUUUCUUGUCUUCGUGGUAUGACUUCAGUUGGCUGACAUGGAAGACGUGGUGGAUCUCAAAGUGUGACAACACCUCCACUUUGUAUUGACCUAUCAAUCCACUUCACAAUAUGAAAUGGGCCUUCGUAUCGACGAAGUAGUCCCUUGUGCAAGUUAUUGAAAUGUUUGAGCGAUGAGCGUAGAAUUCCACCAUCACCAUAUCUCCUUCGUCAAACUCCAAGUGCCCCCAUCUUCUUAUAGGUCACUUCUUCAUCUUCUUUGGCUUGGACCAAAUACGACUUUGUCAUCUCCAUCUUCUCGUGCCACUCUUUUGUGAAUUUGUAGGCAGUGGGUCGCUUGCCCUUGUACCCCAUAGUCACCGUAUUUUGUGUCAAUGGUUGUUGGUCUAUAGCCAACUCGAAUGAGCUCAUGCUAGUUGCCUCAUUCCGAUGCAAUGUAAGCUGUAUAAGAAUUAAGCAAUGCCCAUUAACUUCACCCAAUCUUGUUGGUUAGCACUCACCCAAUACGUUUGUCCGUCAGUUUGGGGAUGAAAGCUUGCAUAUAAGUUCAAUUUGGAGCCCAUGAUCUUGAACAACUUCCUACAAGAUCUGACAGUAAAGCGACAAUCUCUAUCGCUCACAAUAUUGAAUGAGAUGCCCCAAUACUUCACCACAUUUUUUAAGAAUAAGCAGACAUCAUCAUCGACCAUCGUAUCCUUAGACGCCGAUAUGAACACUUCAUAAUUCGACAAUCGGUCCAACACAAUAGAUACUCAACAAAUAUAACAUAUUAAAGUCU